GGGUGGAAGUAUACUCUAUACCGUCUAGUGUAAAUACCCAAGGUAACCUGUAACGAGGCACCCAAGGUCUAGGUACGGAAUACUGUUUCCGCGAAUAAGGUACCUUAGGUACGUACCUAUCCGUACCUAGUUGAUACCCCCACCUUUCUGGAACUCCUCCAUACUCCGGGUACGGAGUAGGUACCUAGUAUUUCAGUCCAUCUCAAGUAGGUACUUUAAGCCAUUGACACUUCCUCACCGACCGUCCUGUUUCUGCUAAUAUGGCUUCCUUGGAGACCACUGAGUCGCGCCCGCUUCAUGGACUGGGAGCUGGCGCGACAAACGGCGUCAAUUGCAGCGCAAAUGGCACCUCACGGCCACCGCAGCCGCCGCAACGAACCCCGUCAUUGAGCAGCUUCUCCCUGACUGAAUACAGCGCGAAGCCCUCGCCGCCAUCGGAGAACAGGAAAGCGAAGAUGCACAAUAUCGUGCCCGAAGAGUUUCUCCUUCCGAAUGGUAACCCUGAUUACCUUCGUCUCAUUAUCACGUCCUAUCCUCGUGUCAGGGAAGUUUGUGAUGAGAUACCGCUCGUCCAUGCCGUCAAUAUGAGCAACCGUCUUGAGUGCAAGGUUCUUCUCAAGCGCGAAGAUGAGCAGCCCGUCUUCAGCUUCAAGCUACGUGGUGCUCACAACAAAAUGGCCCAUCUGGAUCCUGCCGAGUCGUGGAGAGGUGUCGUAUGCUGCAGCGCUGGAAACCAUGCACAAGGAGUCGCCUACUCGGCCCGCAAACUAAAGAUCCCGGCUACUAUUGUCAUGCCCAAGGGCACUCCGAGCAUCAAGCACCUCAAUGUCUCCCGCAUGGGAGGUCAUGUUGUCCUUCACGGAGCCGACUUUGACGAAGCCAAAGAAGAGUGCGCUCGGAGAGAGAAGCAAGACGGCCUCAUAAACAUCCCGCCAUUUGACGAUCCGUAUGUCAUCGCCGGCCAGGGAACCAUCGGCAUGGAGAUUUUAUCUCAGACAAAUUUGCAGAAACUUCAGGCAAUCUUCUGUUGUGUUGGCGGUGGUGGUUUGAUUGCCGGUGUUGGCGUCUAUGUUAAGCGCAUCGCACCUCAUGUGAAGAUCAUUGGUGUUGAGACAUAUGACGCAGACGCCAUGACACAGUCCUUGGCCAAGGGCGAGCGCGUGCUCUUGAAAGAUGUUGGACUCUUCGCCGAUGGUGCUGCGGUUAAGACCGUUGGCGAGGAAACUUUCCGCAUCUGUCAGGAGGUGGUGGAUGAGAUGGUCCGCGUUAGUACAGACGAAGCUUGCGCAGCAAUCAAAGACGUGUUCGAGGACACGCGGUCCAUUGUUGAGCCGGCCGGCGCCCUGGCCGUCGCUGGCCUAAAGAAAUGGGUUGCCGCCAAUCCAUUCCGUGAUCCAUCGAGAUCACUGGUCGCCAUCACAUCCGGCGCAAACAUGAACUUUGAACGGCUGGGAUUCGUUGCCGCUCGAGCUACAUAUGGUGAAGGGAGGGAGGCUCUCCUGGCAGCCAAAAUUCCCGAGAGGCCCGGGGCUUUUGCUGAGUUGGUCAACGCCAUUAUGCCCCAUGCUGUUACGGAGUUUAGCUACCGGUACGCUUCGGAAGAUGAAGCUAAUGUCCUAGUUGGCAUAUCUUUGACGGCUCCAGGCAGUGGACGAGCCCAGGAACUGCAGUCCAUUAUCAACCGCAUUAAAGAAUGCGGCAACAUGGGCGUCUCUGAUCUCUCUGGGGAUGAGCUUGCGAAGAGUCAUAUUCGCCACAUGGUUGGUGGGCGAUCCAAUGUCCCAGACGAGAGGCUAUAUACGUUCAGGUUCCCGGAGCGGCCAGGUGCUCUUGAACGGUUCUUACGGACGUUGCGGCCUAAAUACAACAUCAGCCUCUUUCAGUAUAGGAAUUACGGCGGGGAUAUUGGUCAGGUAUUGACAGGCAUUUUAUGCCCAGACGAAGAGGUCGCUGAGCUACAGCAAUUUUUGAAGGAAAUUGGAUAUCCGUGGGAGGAUUGUACUAGUUCUGAAGUUUUCCAAACAUUUCUCCGAUCACAUUAAAGGUUACAAUCGUUUUUUUUUCUCAUUACGCG